GUUAUCUUUUGAUUUUGUAUUUAUCAACAUAAUAUUCAAUCUAUUAUUAUUAUGUCACGUAAAUCCAUUCAAAAAAGUACAUUAAGUAAUUCAGUACCAUCAUUAAAACAAAUGAAUUAUGAUAUACAUGAAUCCAUUUAUUUUAAAUGUUCUGGUAAAUUAUUUUUACAACGUACAUUAAAACCAAAUGAAGAAUUUAAUAAAGAAUAUAUGAAGAAAUUAAUUAAUAAAAAACAAAUUAUUCAAUCACAAGAACGUAUGAUUUAUUUAACAGAAAAUGGUAUAAGAAUAAAAGCUUAUAAAAAACCAAUCAAUUCAUAUAAACGUUUAUAUUUAAGUUAUGAACAAAUUGAAAUUAUUUAUAUAUCGGAAGGUAUUAAAAAUAUACUUGUAUUAGGUAUUAUUAGUCAAAAUCAACAAAUACGUGCUUAUGAAUGUACAAAAAUUAAAAAUGAUAAUGAUUUUAAAAUAUUAUGUAAAUUACUUGUUCAAGCAUGUGAAAAUAAUGAAAGAAAAUUAAUUGAUAUAAAUCCAAUUGGUACAUUAUCAAUGUCAUCAUUAUAUGAUAAUAAAAGUUUUAAACAUAAAUCACUUGGUUCAAUUAUAUGGAGACAAUCUAAUGAAAUUGAUAAUGAAUUAGAAAAUCAUAUAGAAAAUCAAUUAUAUGAAAAUGAAUUAAUAGAGAAUAAAAAUGAUCUACAUAAAAUAAGAUCACAAUAUUCACAAAAUGAUUCAGUUAAUAGUAUGAUUUCAUCAAUUUUAAUUAAUGAAAAAACAUCUAUUGAAAAUCUAAAUCAGAAAAUUGAAUCAAGUGAUACUGAAGGGAGUGAUCCAGUGAAAUAUUAUAAUGGAAUAAAUGGUGAUUUUAAUGAUGUAACUUAUGAAGAUGAUUAUGAUGAUGAAAAUGAUGAUGAUAAUAUUAAUAAUAAUAAUCGUUAUGCUUCAGCGAUUUACAAAGCAGACGCUUAUGUUGAACCUAUACUUACGCCAAUAUUUCAUGCAGAUGAUGAAUCAGCAAAGUUAUAUUAUAGAACAGGUUAUGAAGGUGAUUCAUAUGAGGAAAAUUAUGAAGUGACAGAUUUGUAUCCACCAUCUAAAUGGCCAGCUGGGGUUACUUUUAUUUGUCCAGACUCUAAAUCUGGUGCAACUAUUACACAUCUUGGACCUGUUUAUUUAUAUUCUGAAAGAUUUGUCGAUGUUGACAAUGACUGUAUUGAGAAUCAGACAUCAACCUAACAUUAUAAUUUGAUGAAAAAUUAAAUGAUUCGUUACUUAACUGUGUUUUUUUUUUAAAUAUAGCUUGUAAAUUUGGAC